AGGGUGUCUCUUCCGCAUGAAGGUAUAAGGGAAGAUUUUCUUCCUCCCUCAAACUGAAGAACACAUAUGUAAAUCCUUGUUUUUCUGGUGAGGCAGGGGAGGCCAUAACCACAAUGCCUAACUGCAUGCUUUCAACAUGGGGCUGGUUUUAACCCAGCGCUCUGACCUAAACUGCUCAGCUCCCGGAAAUUCCAAGGAUCCUGGUGGCCUUAGUCCUUCAGGUGGAGCAGCGUGCAACAUGGGAAAGAAAACCAAGAGGACAGCCGAUAGUUCUUCUUCAGAGGAUGAGGAGGAGUAUGUCGUGGAAAAGGUGUUAGACAGGCGCGUGGUUAAGGGGCAAGUGGAGUAUCUGUUGAAGUGGAAAGGCUUUUCUGAGGAGCACAACACGUGGGAACCUGAGAAAAACUUGGAUUGCCCUGAACUGAUCUCUGAGUUCAUGAAAAAGUAUAAGAAGAUGAAGGAGGGUGAGAAUAACAAACCUAGGGAGAAGUCAGAAGGCAACAAGAGGAAGUCCAAUUUCUCAAGCAGUGCUGAUGAUAUCAAAUCCAAAAAGAAGAGAGAGAGCAAUGAUAUCGCUCGGGGCUUUGAGAGAGGCCUGGAACCAGAGAAGAUCAUUGGGGCAACAGACUCUUGUGGUGACUUAAUGUUCUUAAUGAAAUGGAAAGACACAGAUGAAGCAGACCUGGUUCUUGCAAAAGAAGCCAAUGUGAAGUGUCCACAAAUUGUGAUAGCAUUUUAUGAGGAGAGACUGACUUGGCAUGCAUAUCCAGAGGAUGCAGAAAACAAAGAGAAAGAGAGCGCAAAGAGCUAAAGGAGGGGUGGUCUCUGUCAUUUCUCCUUGUACAUAAUAUGCUCACCUUCCUGCCUCUUCUCCCUUCUCCCAGCUCUUUCUACCCUAAACACAUCCAUAAAAAUGUGCUUAUCACUGUGCUCCACAGGAGAAAUGUUGGUAUCGGUUCUCUUGUAACAUAAUGAUGGUCUGAUUCAUAAAUGUAACGCUGUGAAGACCAGGCAUUUACAUACUGUGUGUAAUUCCCACAGUUUUUUCCUUUACCUUGAUAUUUUCCUCCCGCUCUCCUAUAACUUUUUAAUCACCUUAGAGUCUUGAUCUUUUAGGGCUGAUUUCUUUUUAGGUUGGGGGAUUUUAUUACAAUCAUGAUGACUUCGAUGUCUUAUUUGGUUAUUAGAACAUAUUGAUGACCAACUGGCCUUUGUUUUGAUAUAUUGGGAUGGAAAGGAUGUUGCCCAUCUUUUAGAAAGCCAACAGCAGUGGCCUACCUGUUGGCACCUUUCCCAACCUCCUUUAGCUCUACCAGGAGAAGACAGGGUCCCUGGUGUGGUCUUCUGGGUCACCCCUGUUCGUCCUCACCUACUCUUCCAGAAUAACUCCAUCCUUUUGAGGGCUUGAACUUAUUUAAAUUUGUCUAGGCACUCCAUUUAGCCUUAGGACUUUUGGCCUUGCUAUUUUCCAAUCCCUGAUUCUGCUUCUGUAAGGUGAUGUCAAUUUGUGAUAAAAUGACGAGAUUAUUAACUGUGGAAAUUGUGUGCUAUAGUUCAGGAGAAUAAUGGAAUGGGACAUGAUACAGCUGUCUUUGGUAUCACCUGUGGUAUGUUUCUAUUCUUUCCUUCCAUCCCUCAUAUUUAGACUAUGUAGGUGUGAGUGAUUGCCUGGUGCUUGCUUGUGCCAAGGUGCUGGGCACCCUCCAACCCUGCCAAGUUUUAUGGCCUCCCAAAGCAUUUCUGUUACCAAAGAGGCUUCAGACCUGACUCACUUCUCAGUGGAUUCAAGCUUCCUUUCCAUGUCAUUAUUUUCAGGUGGGAACUCGAAGGGAAGCUCUGGCCGCAGUAUCAAUUUUAAGCAUUCAUAGCAGUAAUACUCCCAAGUCUACUGCCUCAUGACUCCUGGGUUUGCCACUAAGAGCCCUCAAAGUAUUAAUGUUCUUCCCUUUUUCCACCUCAGAAAAUGACACUUUCCCCUAGAGAGUGACAGGUCCUGGCAUUAGCAUUUUGACACAGUCUUUCACCACUCAACAAACUUUCCCUUUAGUUUACAUUUGCUUUGCUAUUAUGUUGAGAAAUCUUUCUGGCCGUACUCUGCCAGCUUUUGUUCACCAAGAAACACCCGACUUCUCUUUAUCCUUUUCUUCUUGUAGUUGAGAAGACUAGAGUAUCGGGACUAAAAGCAAUAAAGGAGUAGAAUUUUGAGCUGACCAUCCUUGUCCCAG